ACAAAGCAAUUCAUUCUUCAAUCCUUUAAUCAGGAUUAAACGGUUGCUAUUCCGUACACGACACAUUUCUUCAAUGACUUAAUGACUAAAACGUUAGUUCCGACCUCUUGUAUCUUGUAUCUACAUUCUACAGCACCUCGCCUAACCCAAGAUAUCAAAUGACACUUUAUCCUUAAACCAAAUAUUUUGUUGGGAUACGUCCACUGUCUUGAUUAAAAACCUAUUCUAUAUUUCAGGCUGUAUAAUCCCAGGUUUGUGGACAAUUAAUUCCAAUGUCAGCAUAGUCCCUGCCGUAUAUUUACCCAGGAAUUACCUUGAACCAUUUUUCUUGAAAUUAACAUAACAUUCCAGACAUGAUCUGCAACCAGAUUUUCUGAAACCUGAUAUUUGAUAUAUCGUAUUUGUUCAGUGUUUAGUAUUACUGGCCGCAAAACGCUUAAGCUGCACGGCUGUACAAAUGCAUGUAUGUUUUGUCACGUCAAGAAAUUAUGGAAUUGAAAGAGUGGCUUUAGUAUUUUCCUGUUUGACUGCGAUGGUCUAACAAUUUCUGAGCAACUGUGUAUUCAAGACAUAAAAAAUGGGUUGGAAUUAUCUUCAACAUUUCUAAAUAUGGAUUUGGCGAUUUGUUCAAACAGUCGUUUGUCCACGUAGUAUAGGAACGGAAAACCUUCCCUUGUAGAUUUGCAAUGGCAACAGAUCUGGUUGACUAUGGAUUGGAAUCCGAGAGAGAUCUUGUCAGAAUCUUGUAUGAAUGUUUCAGAAAUCAACAAUAUUUCAUUCAAGCAGGAGACAUUCUUGUAACUUUGAAUCCUUGGAAACGACUGGAGGGGAUCGAAAAAGAGGUUGUGGAGUAUUGCGGAGUCUAUCGGGGUGAAAACGAACACCACACCCUCCCUCCUCAUCCGUGCAGUGUCGCAGAGAAUGCUGUGAGAGAUACGUCAGAUGGCGUCAUCAUACCUUUGGGAGAAAGUGGUUCGGGAAAGUCGACCAAUAUUGAGAUGAUCCUGCGUUAUCUUUCGCUUCGCGCAGACAGCCAGUUGCCUGGAAACGAGAUUACGGCGAUCAUUGAAGUAUUCAAUCUUUUCUGCAACGCCAAAACAUUGAUAUGCAAUAAUUCAACUCGUUGUUUCAAAGUUUAUGAACUAUCUUACUCCAUGGAGCAAAAGCUGCUCGGAGUCAAUGUAAAUGUCCAAGCCCUUCAAAAAAUGCGCCUUAUCUCUCAAAUCAAGGGUGAAAGCAAUUUUAACAUAUUUCACCGUCUGUUGGACGGUCUCAGCUCUGAAGCCAUACAGGAAUAUUGUCUCCAGGGUGAACACAGAUAUGUCCCAUCACUAACCACAGAGGCCGUCGGUGAACCGGAGAGCUCGUUGCCGCGAGCUUUAAAAUGUUUGGAAAAGAUUGGAUUGGAUGAAACGGAUAUUGAAGAAGUUCUUCGUCUGAUAUCCGGCAUUAUUCUUCUCGGGGAUUUACAGUUUGGUCAGUCGACUCUACGGAAAGUGUUUUCUUUCAGCAAUGGUGAAGUUCUUGAGAAAGCCGCUUCACUCGUAGGAGUUCCAUCUUCAACACUGGCUGAUCUUCUCAUCGUAAAAUCUAAGAAAGUUAAAGGCGAGAAGGUGAAUAUAUUAGCAUCAUGUUCAAAGGCGUUGUACGAGUGUGAUUGCCUCGCAGUGACCUUGUAUGAAACAUUGAUCAUGUGGUUGGAAGAAAGAAUAAACUCCCGAUACACAAGUCAUUCCAGAUUACAGUCCGACUUUUCACUUGUUUUACUCGACGUUUUUGGCUGGGAAAAUUAUAGCGUUUGUUCGUUUGAACAACUCUGCAUCAACACCGUCAACGAAGCAUUGCAGUCGACUUACAAUGCUGUCGUCUUUACGACGUAUCAGAUGGAGCUUGAGAAUGAAAAUAUCUUUCUUCAUGAAUCAUGUUUAAAGUACGACCAACCUGGGGCUGUGCCAUUAUUACUAAAACCUAAAGGUCUGCUGGAUAUUUUGCACAGCAAUGUGGAAAAAAAUGAUCAAAAAUUAUCGAAGAAGCUGGACAGUCUUUUAAAGAAGGAAGCGCGAUAUAUUGUAAAUAAUAAUCCAGAAGUAUCGGGAUUUUUGAUUGAACAUUUUAUCGAUGAGGUCCAGUAUGACACGAAUGGCUUUGUAGCCAACGCACAAAAUUGGUUAAACGACAACGCUUUGUCAUGUUUGAGAGCAUCAAAGAAUAAGGUUGUCUCUGUCAUGGCCCAGGAGAGAAUCAACAGAGAAAACACAUCGUUAGAAAAAGCGAUAUUUACGCUUUCAUUAAGCUCUAAGAAAGCUGGAUCCAUAGUCGAAAAAGAUUGGUUAAAAACGAACAUUUUCCCUACUAAUGCCGCAAAAGACAAGAAGAAGCAUGCCACAUACAGAAACUCAAAUCCAGCUGUGUUAACGUUGUCGCUAGCCCGUCACUGCUCAAACGAUUAUCUCAGCGAAAUUCAUUUCAUCAGAUGUAUCAACAGUAACCUUGGUAUGCAUGCCGAAAUAUUUGACGAUGUGAGAGUUUUGCGUCAAGUACAGUGGAGUAAUCUUUUGGGAACAGUGAAAACCAGGAUAUCUUGUCUACAGUCGUGUUUCCCGAUUCAUAAAUUCAUUACCAGAUACAAACUAUUGUUCUUUUAUCUAUCUCGUCCUGUGCGGUACUCGCCUGAUCUUUGCUACUCUGUUUUGAGUCGGAGAUUUGACGAAUCUGAGUUUAAAGUUGGAAAAACCAAAGUUUUUCUCAAACGAAGUCUGGUAUCAAAGCUGGACAAAAUGUUGGAAAAAGCACUGUAUAACAUCGUGCUAAUUCAAAAAGUUUAUCGAGGAUAUCUCGACAGAAGACAAUAUCAAGCAAUGAUCAAGAUCAAGAAGACAUAUGACGUUAAACGAUCAUUCUUUCUUGCUCAGAUCACUAAUGGCGUGUCAAAGUUCCACGAUCACCUUUCCUUUCAAAUCCGCGAAGAUCAGACGCGUUUAAAACAAAAUAAGUUAAAGGAAUUGGCCAAAUAUGAACCAAAUAACAGCGAAACUCCUGAAAGAAGACCACCACUUGCAAGCCCAGAUACUCAAGGUAAACAAAUAAUGCAUACUCGAAAGUAUAUCAAAAGUAUAACGUUCAUAAAACGUUGA